AAAACCCCAAUUAAUAAAUGUUUAAUUGUUGUUAAAAUAUAUAUUGUACGCGUUGCUAAUGGUAACGGCUUCACGAAAUACCUUUUUGUCUUUUUAGUAUUACCUAAUUUUUCGUUUUACACUGAAAAUUAACUUAUGUUUUUAAAUCCCGAGUUUGUGAGUAGAUCUUCGAUUGUGUUUGAAUAAACAAAAAUUGGGGAGGUAUUUAAAUCGUUUUCCUUCUCCCUCCUUUUCAAGAAUAACUUAUUUUAUUGUUAAUAAUGAUAGACAUUAAUAUUACUGCUAUUUUUACAGCGACACUCUUGGUCUUUGUGACGAGUGCUUGACGUCAGUAAAUACGUAGUGCAACAACGACAUAUACGUUUACUUUGAAGACAUACCGGAAGUUGUUAACUUCCGUACGUAUUUACCUUGACUGGAGACGAUUGCCGAUGUCGAAGUUGAGCCAUCUUGUGUUUCUGGACAGGGUACGAGUGGUGGGAAUAUUUUUUAUUUGGAACCUGUGUUCUCUUAAAUUAACAUAGUCUUUUGCUACAUUGCCGCCUAGGCUGUAACUAUGCGGAAGAUGUGAGUUUGGUGGCUGUUUCCCUACUUUUAGGCCUACCGAAAACAGUGGCGCUAACGAGGAAUAGCUACUAUGCCAGGGGAAGAAAUCUUUGGUUUUUUGGCCUCAUCCGUACUCGGAUUGUCGUUUCUCUGAUAACACAUAGCCACCACACAAGCGGAGAAACUUACGAUUUAUCACUCCGCUGUCAAUGAUUCGAACAAUUUGUAUACAUAGUUGAACAGCAGCAUUUUAGCUCCAGCUUGAUAGCUUGCGAGCCAUGGCGGACAGCGUUGGAGAUGCGUCAACCGGCGAUACGCUUGGCUCUGCUGUCACCGGACAAAGUGGCGGAUCCUCUUCCCUGCAGACUUUGGCAAACUCUCUGACGGGCGGACCGCUAACAGCCACAACUGUUUUUGCUACGGAGGGCGACCAGAGUGCCCCGAGCCCUGAAGGGUCCGCAACAGAGGGUCUUGCAGCUCCUCAGACGGACUUUUGGAAUUCGUUUGUCUUAUCUCCACCUGUCGUGUCCGUAUCCCCAAGCGUACACACCGCUUCGCCCCCUCAGGGUGUUGGGCAAGGGGUCGCAGGAGUGGCCGGACCGGGCCCCCUAACUCAAGUCUUCGCCGCUUCUUGGGACCCGACCCGUAGUACGGACUGGGACAACGAAAAGACUUCUCAGCCUGCUAUUUUAAGGAUAAAGAGGGAUAUCAUGUCUAUCUACAAGGAGCCUCCUCCAGGGAUGUUUGUUGUCCCUGAUCCUCAAGAUAUGACCAAGAUCCACGCUUUGAUUACGGGGCCAUUUGACACACCAUAUGAGGGUGGUUUCUUCCUCUUCCUGUUUCGAUGCCCUCCUGACUACCCUAUCCACCCGCCACGGGUCAAGCUCAUCACCACUGGUCAGAACACUGUCCGCUUCAAUCCCAACUUUUACCGUAAUGGCAAGGUCUGCCUCAGCAUCCUCGGAACAUGGACUGGACCAGCAUGGAGUCCUGCACAAAGCAUCUCCUCUGUCCUCAUAUCCAUUCAGUCUUUGAUGACAGAAAAACCUUAUCACAACGAACCGGGAUUUGAACAGGAGCGACAUCCUGGGGACAGUAAGAACUACAAUGAGUGUAUCCGUCAUGAAACCAUGAGAGUCGCUGUGUGUGACAUGUUGGAGGGCAAAGUUCCCUGUCCUGAAGCUUUGUGGAGUGUGAUGGAGAAGUCCUUCCUAGAAUACUAUGAUUUUUAUGAAGGAGUUUGCAAAGAGAGGCUGCAUCUACAAGGACAGAACAUGAAGGAUCCAUUUGGAGAAAAGCGCGGCCGUUUCGACUAUCAGCGCUUGCAGACUCGACUCAGCGCCAUUCACCGGCGAAUACGGGAAAAGCGUGCAAUGAGUGAUCCCAAUGACGAUUCUGACUCUGAAACCAGCUCCUCUGAGACGGACCCCGACAGCCAGGGUAGCAUCCAGCCGUGACGCUGUAAAACACAGGCAAAGAAGAGAGGACAUUUUUUAAUUCGAGAACGAUGUUCCAGAAAAAUUUUCAUGAUGUAUGGUUUUGGGGGAAAAAAAGAAACGAUGCCAUCACUCUCCAGAAAGUGAUGACCGUAAUGUUGAAAAUCAAACACUGUCAAAUUGAUCCUGUAGCUGUGGAUUUAUGCUACUCUUGUAGCAAACCAGCUGGUAUUUUGAUCUGUUGUUUGGACUGGAAAAAGGUGUGAAGAUAUAUAGUACUUGGUGAGAUGAAACAUUCCCUUUGUGCUUGUAGAAAAAAAUCAGUUAAUGACAUCAACAUUUAAAAAGAAAUGAAAUUGGUCAAAUAAAUAGCACAUUGUUAUCUGUGAUAUGUUCCUUAUUAUCUCUACAUGGGAAAUGGAUAGCAGUAGGCCCUUUAAACGAAUUGGAUGCGGAUAUUACAUUGGUUCAGUAAAGUCCACAAUUUCUCUGUGACAAAAAGGCAAUAAUUUGUGAUUGAUGGUAGCUUUGCAUGUAACUUCAACCCAUUCAUUCAUUCAUUCAUUUUCCAGGACCAGCAAAAUUUUACAUAGGCAUACCCAAAAACAUCUAUUUGGGGUUGUGAUUUUUGACCCCCCCCUCCCAAAAAAACCCCAUUGACAUUGAACUUGCCAUACCAUUGAAGCUAAUCUGUGACCAUCCCUUUGAUUGCUAUCAAUGUCUGUGCCAAGACGCCCAUGUAAGUCGAUUUCAUUGACGCUGAUAUACAUGACCUAUAAUCAACAGGAAGUGAGCUUGAAAUCCCCCCAAAUCAACAGGAAGUGACAAGAGAUCAACAGGAUAUCACCUCGAAAUUUCCCCAAAUCAGCAGGAAGUGACCCCAAAAUAGCCCCAAAUCCGCAAAUGCCCCCCCCAAUGCCUCAUAGUUAACAGGAAGUGGCCCCAGGCCGAAAUGGGCCAAAAUCAACAGAAGGUAAAUAAAUACCAACAGGAAAUGACCCCAAAAUGCCCCAAAUCGCCUGGAAGUGACCAGAUAUCAACAGGAAAUGACCUUGAAAGCAUCCCGAAUCAACAGGAAGUUAGCCCAAAAUGGCCCAAAAUCAUCAAAUAACCCUGUAAUGCCUCUAGGUUAACAGGAAGUGACACCAAAAUGUACCCAAAUCAAUAGGAAGUGACCUUGAAAUAGCCUGAAAUCAACAAGAAAUGCCCAGAUAUCAACAGGAAAUGACAUCCAAAUUGCCCCAAAUCAACAAAAAGGGACCCCAAAAUGCCCAAAAUCAACAGGGAGUGAGCUAUCAACAGGAAAUAACCUCGCAUUUGCUCCAAAUAAACAGGAAGUGACCAGAUAUCAGCAGGACAUGACUCCGAAACGGCCCCAAAUCAACUAGUGACACCCGAAUGCCCCCAAAUCACCAGGACGUGGCCAGAUAUCAACAGGAAAUGACCCCGAAAAAGCUCAAAUCAACAAAAAGUGACACCGAAAUGUCCCAAAUCAACAGGGAGUGACCAGAUAUCAAAAGGGAAAUUAACCCUAAAUGGACAAAAAUAAACAGGAAGUGACCCUGAAAUGCCCCCAAAUCAAAGGAAGUGACCAGAUAUCAGCAGGAAAUGACCUUGAAAUUGCCCCAAAGCUACAGGAAGUGACACCAAAAUGUACCCAAAUCAAUAGGAAGUGACCAGAUAUCAACAGGAAAUAGCCCCAUAUCAACAAGUUACACCUGAAUGCCCCCAAAUCAACAGGACAUGACCCCGAAAUGCCCCCGAAUUAACAGGAAGUGUCCAAACAUUAACAGGAAAUGACACCGAAAUGUCCCAAAUCAACAGGGAGUGACCAGAUAUCAAAAGGGAAAUUAACCCUAAAUGGACAAAAAUAAACAGGAAGUAACCCUGAAAUGCCCCCAAAUCAAAGGAAGUGACCAGAUAUCAGCAGGAAAUGACCUUGAAAUUGCCCCAAAGCUACAGGAAGUGACACCAAAAUCUACCCAAAUCAAUAGGAAGUGACCAGAUAUCAACAGGAAAUAGCCCCAAAUCAACAAGUUACACCUGAAUGCCCCCAAAUCAACAGGACAUGACCCUGAAAUGCCCCCGAAUUAACAGGAAGUGUCCAAACAUUAACAGGAAAUGACCCCGAAAUGGCCCAAAUUAACAGGGUGACAGAUGUCAACAGGAAAUUACUUCAAAUUUGCCCCAAAUUAAAAAGGAAGUGACCAGAUAUUAACAUGAAAUGACCUUGAAAUUGCCCCAAAUCGACAGGUAGUGACCGCAAAAUAUGCCCAAAAAUCAACAGGAAGUGACCAGGUAUCAACAGGAAGUGACUUUGAAAUGGCUCACCCAAAAAUCAACAGGAAGUGACCCUGAAAAGCCCCCAAAUCAAAGGAAGUGACCAGAUAUCAACAUAAAUUACCUUGAAAUUGCCCCAAAUCAAUAGGAAGUGACCCCUGAAAUGCCCCCAAAUCAACAGUAAGUGACCUCGAAAUGGACCCAAAUCAUCAAGUGACACCCGAAUGCCAAAUCAACAGGACGUGACCCUGAAAUGCCCCCAAAUUAACAGGAAGUGACCAGAUAUUAACAUGAAAUGACCUUGAAAUUGCCCCAAAUCGACAGGUAGUGACCGCAAUACAUGCCCAAAAAUCCAUAGGAAGUGACCAGGUAUCAACAGGAAGUGACCUCGAAAUGGCCCACCCAAAAUCAACAAGAAGUGACCCUGAAAUUCCCCCAAAUCGACAGGAAAUGACUCCAAAAUGGCCCAAUUCAACAGUAAGGAGUAAUCAAAAAGAAGUGGCCCCAAAUUGCCCCCAAAUCAAAAGGAUGUUACCGGAUAUGAACAGGAAAUGACCUCAAAAUUGCCCUAAGUCAACCGAAAGGAACCCCGAAAUACCACCAAAUUAAUAGGAAGUGACCAAAUAUCAACAGGGAGUGAUUCCGAAACAGCCUGGAACUCCAGACUCCCAGCUGUUCCAGAAAUCAAGUCUGGGACCCAGCUCCUAUUGGCCUCUCGAGCCCAAGCGAAAUCAUCCGUGCAAUCAGAUUAGUUUAUUUGCAUGACGUGUUCUUAAUGAGCAAUGUCACUAUUGCGCGUCGGAAGUAGUCUCCACAACAACAUCGAUGGCGAACGGCAGAGCCGGGAAUGUUCCUAUCCACAGUAAAUUCCUUUUUAAAUGACCAAAAACACAUGGGUCGCUAAAACCAACUGUCCGUCUCGUGCUAGCCAUGUUGAAUAAACUUCUAUGCUCUCCUUGUACGUUUACGUCCUCGCGCUACAGUUUAUUUUCACUUUUCCAACGUCACGUCCACCCAUCGCUGUUCGGUCCACUUCGCUGUCUGUUUGCUGUGGCUUGCUCCGCCAUGGGGAUUUGAUCUACUGAACAGUUGCCAGACUCUAGCUGGAACAGCGGUAGGUGUGGAGUUCCAGGCUAAUCCCAAAAUGCCCCCAAAUCAACAGGAAGUGAUCCCCAAAAUGCCACAAAAUCACAGCAAAGCUGCCAUCGCAAAUUCUCCAGACAUUGCAUUUUCUACUUAUGUUUGUUAUUAUCAGUUCUUAGUAGAGAGACAAAUUAUGCGUGUUAAAUUCAUUCACCGUCCGUGCUACUUACUAUCACUAAAGUUGAGGGGGGUGCCUGACCCAAUCCCAGCUAACUAUGGGCAAGAGGCAGGGUACUCGCUGAACCAUUUGCCAACCAUUGAUACGCACACUCAUAUCUAUGGACAAUUUAGAGUGUUCAAUCUGCUUGCUACACGUUUUUGGGAUGUCGGAGGAAACUGGAGUACCCGGAGAAAAUUCCUUCAGGCACUGGGAGUUGUGUGGGGAUGCUAUGCUCUCCCGUGGUUCUUAAACAUUUCGCAGCGAUUUCUUGUUAACUCAUUGGAGACCAUAACGCCGCUCGACGUCCAAUCCAUGUCGACUGGGAGGGGGCGAAUGAAUGCCCACAUUUUUUAAGUUAGCUUUUCACGUAAUGCAAAACUACCAUCAAACUAUCACCCCCCCAAAUGGUGUUUCUUUGGCGCACCGCACAGCCAAAACCAUUUGACUGAGCGGCAAUGUUCAAAUAACAAAAUGACCGGAAUUCUCGUGCAAUGCAGGGAAUCUUCGAAUGACCCCCUAAGAAAUUACCAUUCGUGCCAAAAGACUUGCCUGGCACGGCCAGACUAUUCUCCCUGUGUUUUUCAAACACUGAGAGUAUAGUCUGGGACCCAGCACAUUAACGGCCUCUCGAGCAAGUACAAAAUCAAUCGACAAAUCAGAUUCGUUUAUUUGCGUGACGUGUUCUUAACGUCACUCUUCCGCGUCAGAAGUCGUCUCCACAACAUUCCACAACAACACAGAUGGCGAACAGGAGAGCCGAGAAUAUGUUCCAAUCCACGGUAAAAUCAGUUUUAAAUUACCAAAAACACAUCGACACAAGUCAUUGACAACAGUCUGUCUCGCGCUAGCCAUGUUGAAUAAACGCUCUCCUCGUAUGUUUACUUCCGCGCGCAAGUCCCUCGUCCCGCCCGUCGCUGAUUGGUCCACUCCGCUGUCUGUUUGGUGUGGCUUGCUCCGCCCUGGAAAUUUUAUCCACUUAAUGGUGGCCAGACUCAAUAGUACCAGGCUACCAAAACACGGGAUUUUUGAAAAAUUAUCUAGUUCUAUCAUUUUUAUCAUAUUCACAUAAAUCAUACAUAAAAAAUGUGAGGAAGGUAAGGGGCAUAAACUUCGUAAAUACAGUGGUAUGAAAAGUAACUGAACUUAUGGAAUUUCUCACAUUUCUGCAUAAAAUCACCAUCAAAUGUGAUCUGAUCUUUGCAGGGGUGAAAGUGGUGAGAAUUUCAUGCCGGAACUCCCCGAAUUUUUAUUUAUCUUUUGAUUUAUUUUUUUCAAAACUACUGAAAUGCAAAGAAAACUUUUUGGUCAGUUAUUUCUAUAACACAUAAAAAAACUGAUUUUCAUUCAAAAUUUUAUUUUUUCAAUGAUUUGCAAAAUAAAAGUUAAUAAAAACAGCUAUAACCCCAACCUCCAUCUCCUAGUUUUUAUUUUCCCUCAUUUCCUCACAUACUAAAUGCCAAAUCUCAAUUUUAACUACUUAAGAACAUAGGAUGUAUAUUAAAAUUGAAGAAAAUGUAAACAUUUACUUUUGUUGUGUUUUUAAUAAUAUACGUAACAUACAUUCAGAAAAAUAAGUACAAAUGACUUACAUUAUGCAGAGUUAAAUGGAAUAUAUUUUUAAGAUCGUGCAAACAUUGACGUUUUUAAAUCAUAAGGAAAUGAAUAAGUAGCCUAACGUGAACAAAUAUAAGUCCAAAGUGCACAUUGACAGCUAAGAUGUUCUGAAGCUUCCUAUCAGAGCAAAUAAAACCAAAUAUGAUGAAUAAGCCACCUUACUCUUUCCUUGCUCUUAAAAAUUUGAUCCAUUCUCUGUUGCAUUGCCUUUUUUUUUUUUUUUUUUUUUUUUGCUGUUUCAGAAAAUGUGCACAUUUGAACGAAUCAGAGUUAACUAUCUCUGGUGACCACAUGUCAGUAUGUCAGCCAUUUGAACAGAUAAAUAAAUCCAGGCGUUUUGCUUUGCUGCGUGCAUUCGCCCAUUGACGUGACUCGUCAUCGUCAGACUCAGAUAACUACAGCAGCUGGGGAAACCUCCAUGCUGUCCGUGGAAUAAAAUAAAUAAUAAAUAUUGGUGGAAACGGAUUACGCUACACAAGCAAUUUAUUAUGCUUGUUGUUAACACUUGUGUAUGUAAAUCUGAUGUUGGUAGAUUGUUUUAUUCUUGGAGAUAAAAUGAAUGUGUGGCAGCUUAGCUUUUUUUCCUUUUUCUUAACUUAGCGUUUUGACAGUUGUCAUCAUAUUUUCAGAAUCAAAGCACCGUAUACCGGAACAACAUUCCGGCCCUGAACCUUAUACCGAAACUGCGUUCUGGCCUUGAUUCUUAUACCGGAACUGCGUUCCAGCCCUGCAUCUUAUACCGGAACUGCGUUCCUGACCGUUCCCGCCCACUUUCACCCCUGGAUCUUUGUCAAAAUCACACAGAUAAAAAAAAGUGCUUUAACUAAAACCACCCAAACGUUUACAGGUUUUCAUAUUUUACUGAGGAUAGUAUGCAAACAAUGAAGGAAGGGGGAAAAAUAAGUAAGUCAACCAUCACACUUAAUAUUUUGUCAGCAAUAACUUCAACCAGACGCUUCCUGUAGCUGCAGAUCAGUCUGGCACACACUGCAGGACUGAUCUUGGCCCAUUCUUCUCUACAAAACUGCUGUAGUCCUGUCAGAUUCCUGGGAUGUCUGGCAUGAAUCGCUGUCUUCAGGUCAAGCCACAGCAUCUCAAUGGGUUUCAAGUCUGGACUUUGACUUGGCCACUCCAGAACGUGUAUUUUGUUCUUCUGAAGUUGAUUUACUUCUGUGUUUUGGAUCAUUGUCUUGUUACAGCAUCCAUCCUCCUAUUAGCUUCAACUGUCUGACGGCCUCAUUUUCCUGCAAAACAUCCUGAUAAACUUUUGAAUUCAACCUUCCAAUAUUGAUUGCAAGUUGUCCAGGCCCUGAGGUAGCAAAUCAGCCCCAAAUCAUGAUGCUCCUUCCACUAUGCUUAUCGGUGGGGAUGAGGUGUUGAUGUUGGUGAGCUGUUCCAUUUUUUCCUCCACACAUGACGAUGUGUGUUAUUCCCAAACAAUUCAACUUUGGUUUCAUCAGUCCACAGAACAUUUUGCCAAAACUUCUGUGGAGUGUCCAAGUGCCUUUUUGCGAACAUUAAACUAGCAACAAUGUUUUUUUAGACAGCAGUGGCAUCCUCCGUGGAGUCUUCCCAUGAGCACCAUUCUUGGCCAUAGUUUUACAUGUCGUUGAUGUGUGCACAUAGAUAUAUGACUGCUCCAGUGAUUUCUGUAAUUCAUUAGCACACACACUAAGGUUCUUCACCUCCGAGUAUUCUGCGCCCAAAUCUUGGCGUCCUCUUUGGUGGACGGCCACUCCUUGGGAGAUAAACAACAGUGCCAAACUCUCUCCAUUUGUAGACAACUUCUCUGACAGUCGAUUGAUGAACAUCCAGACUUUUAGAGAUGGUUUUUUAUCCUUUCCCAGCUUUAUACAAAUCAACAAUCAUUGAUCACAGGUCUUCGGACAGCUAUUUUGACUGAGCCAUGAUGCACAUCAGACAAUGUUUCUCAUCAAGACAAUUCUUACCACAGGUGUGUUUUAUAGUGGGCAGGGCAUUUUUAAACCACUCAUCAGUGAUCGGGCACACAACUAACUUAAAAUGUGUGGUAAAAAUUGGUUUCAAUUGAUUUUUAAGUCUCCUUAGGCAGAGGGUUCACUUAUUUUUUCCCCUUCUGUCGUUGUUUGCAUCCUCUCAUUAAAAUAUGAAAACCUGUAAAUGUUUGGGUGAUUUUAGUUAAAGCAGACACUGCAUUUUCAUCUGUGGGAUUUUGACAAAGAUCAGAUUUGAUGGUGAUUUUAUGCAGAAAUGUCAGAAAUUCCAAAAGGUUCAGAUACUUUUUGAUACAACUGUAGAAUUUACCAAAAAUGUACGUUUUCCCCCCCAAAUUUGCCCAAAACUUUCACAUUCAUUUCUAAAGGUACGCCAGUGACGGCCAUGUAUGUAUGUAAAACAUGGGUGAUUGUGACUUUUCACCAAAAACUUACCAUUACAGCCCAUUGAUAUUCUACUGGCGUAGUAAAAGUAAAUUGAUGCCAUUGACAACCAUGUACGUCCAUGUCAUUGACACCAAUAAUCGUCCAUGCCAUUGACAGCCAUGUAUGUCGAUUCAAUUGUUCCCAAUGUACUUGAAUUACAUUGACAAAUCUGUAAGUUGAUGCUGUGUAUGUCAAAAAUCAACAGGAAAUUACCUAAUAUUAAGUGGAGGUGACCUUGAAAUGUCCCCAAGUACACAGAAAGUGACCUG